GCGUGGGAGCGACGCCGGAACCCUUGCCCGGGAAGGGUUCGUCGAGGCUUCCUGGGUGCCAGGUCGACGGGGCUGCGGGGGUCUUCUGGACUGGGCCAGGGGCGGUGGGCGCCAGGGUAGGCGGGCGCCCAGUGGCUCAGCUGUGGGAGUUUUCGGCUGGCGUGCGGUGGGGAAUUGCCCGAGGAGCCCUAACUUGUAUAAAAGCAGAGUCCAUUUAAAGUUGGGCUGGAUAGCCUCUCUCUCAUUGGUUAGGGGGCUUGGAAAAAAGAGACUCGGCGAGCCCUCGCUGUGGUGCUGCGCCGCCGCCGCCGCCGCUGGAGUUGACUCUUCUGCUCGCACUGCUGCUGCAGCACAAACGUGACUUCCAACAUUUUUUAUUUAUCUUUCCCUUUUCUUUUCCAAGAUGUAACUACAGAUCAGACACUAAGGACCUUCACGUUUCGCUGAUGUAGUUUUUGGAGGAAAAAGGGGGGGAGUGAAGGGCGUCGGUUUUUUUUUUCUUUUUUUUGUGUGUAUAUGUGUUUCGGGGGAAAUUUUCCAUUAUGAGUGUUUUACUAAAGUGAAUUUUUUUUUGUUUGCUUCGUUCGUCUUUGGCUCUUUUUUUUUUUUCUUCCCAAAUUCGGAUUUAUUUCAAGGCGAAUCUGGCUUUGGGGGAAGAGGAAGAAAAGUCGGAUUACAAGAUCAACCACCACCAACAACAAUAAAAACCACCAGGAUAUUUUUUUGCAAAUUUCUGACGGCUUUAAAUUCAUGAAGCAAUUGUCCCCUUUUGCAAUCAGCAUUUGGAUCUCAGAAUGAGCAAGGAAAGACCCAAGAGGAAUAUCAUUCAGAAGAAAUACGAUGACAGUGAUGGGAUUCCCUGGUCAGAAGAAAGGGUGGUACGCAAAGUCCUUUAUUUGUCUCUGAAGGAGUUCAAGAAUGCCCAGAAGCGCCAGCACGGGGAAGGCAUUGCUGGGAGCCUGAAAGGGGUGAAUGGGCUCCUUGGUAAUGACCAGACUAAGGGAUUAGGACCAGCGUCAGAACAGUCAGAGAAUGAGAAGGACGAUGCAUCCCAGGUGUCCUCGACUAGCAACGAUGUUAGUUCUUCAGAUUUUGAAGAAGGGCCGUCGAGGAAAAGGCCCAGGCUGCAAGCACAAAGGAAGUUUGCGCAGUCCCAGCCGAACAGCCCCAGCACAACUCCAGUGAAGGUCGUGGAGCCUUUGCUACCCCCGCCAGCUACUCAAAUUUCUGACCUCUCCAAAAGGAAGCCUAAGACGGAAGACUUUCUCACCUUUCUCUGCCUUCGAGGUUCUCCCGCGCUGCCCAACAGUAUGGUUUAUUUUGGAAGCUCUCAGGAUGAGGAGGACGUCGAGGAGGAAGAUGACGAGACAGAAGACGUUAAAACAGCCACCAACAAUGCUUCAUCUUCAUGCCAGUCAACCCCCAGGAAAGGAAAAACCCACAAGCACGUUCACAAUGGGCAUGUUUUCAAUGGUUCCAGCAGGUCGACGCGGGAGAAGGAACCUGUUCAGAAACACAAAAGCAAGGAGGCCACUCCCGGGAAGGAGAAGCACAGCGACUCCAGGGCGGACAGCCACGGCCGAAGGGAGCCGGCUCCUGCGCCGCCUGCGGCUGCCCCCGCCUCAGCUUCCUCGGCCAAGGGGCUCGCUGCCAGCCACCACCCCCCUCCACAUCGGCCGGCUCAGGACUUACGGAAGCAGGUUUCUAAGGUAAACGGAGUCACUCGAAUGUCAUCUCUGGGUGCAGGUGCAACCAGUGCCAAAAAGAUUCGCGAAGUCAGACCUUCACCAUCCAAAACUGUGAAGUACACUGCCACGGUGACCAAGGGGACUGUUACGUACACCAAAGCCAAGAGAGAACUGGUCAAGGAAACCAAACCCAAUCACCACAAGCCCAGUUCAGCUGUCCACCACACAAUCUCAGGGAAAACCGAAAGUAGCAAUGCAAAAACCCGCAAACAGGUGCUAUCCCUCGGGGGGGCGUCCAGGUCCACCGGGCCUGCCGUCAACGGCCUCAAGGUCAGUGGCAGGUUGAACCCAAAGUCAUGCACUAAGGAGGUGGGGGGGCGGCAGCUGAGGGAGGGGCUGCGGAAUUCCAAGAGGAGACUGGAAGAGGCACACCAGGCGGAGAAGCCGCAGUCGCCCCCCAAGAAGAUGAAGGGGGCGGCCGGCCCCGCCGAAGCCCCCAGCAGGAAGGCCGCGGCCGCCCCGGCCGAGAAGCCCCUGCUGAACGGACACGUGAAGAAGGACGUGCCCGAGCGGAGUUCGGAGAGGAGCCGGCCGAAGCGGGCGGCGGCCGGCAGGAGCGCGCCGGGCAGACAAGCACACGGCAAGGCGGACAAGGCGGACAAGGCGGACGGCGCCGCCCCCUGUGACCCCCGUUCUACCUCGCAACCCGAGCCCGCGCACAAGCCGCACGAGCCGCCGGGCAAGCCCGAGAAGGGCGCCAGGGCCGGCUGGGCGGCCAUGGACGAGAUCCCCGUGCUCAGGCCCUCGGCCAAGGAGUUCCACGACCCGCUCAUCUACAUCGAGUCGGUCCGCGCUCAGGUGGAGAAGUACGGCAUGUGCAGGGUGAUCCCGCCGCCCGACUGGCGGCCCGAGUGCAAGCUCAACGACGAGAUGCGCUUCGUCACGCAGAUCCAGCACAUCCACAAGCUGGGCCGGCGCUGGGGCCCCAACGUGCAGCGGCUGGCCUGCAUCAAGAAGCACCUCAGAUCUCAGGGCAUCACCAUGGACGAGCUCCCGCUCAUAGGAGGCUGCGAGCUCGACCUGGCCUGCUUUUUCCGGCUGAUUAACGAGAUGGGCGGCAUGCAGCAAGUGACUGACCUCAAAAAAUGGAACAAACUCGCAGACAUGCUGCGCAUCCCCAGGACUGCCCAGGACCGGCUGGCCAAGCUGCAGGAGGCCUACUGCCAGUACCUGCUCUCCUACGACUCCCUGUCCCCCGAGGAGCACCGGAGGCUGGAGAAGGAGGUGCUCAUGGAGAAGGAGAUCCUGGAGAAGCGCAAGGGGCCACUGGAGGGCCACACGGAGAACGACCACCACAAGUUCCACCCGCUGCCCCGCUUCGAGCCCAAGAACGGCCUCAUCCACGGCGUGGCGCCCAGGAAUGGCUUCCGCAGCAAGCUCAAGGAGGUGGGCCAGGCCCCGCUCAAGACGGGCCGGCGGCGCCUCUUCGCUCAGGAAAGGGAGGCGGCCAAGGAGGAGGAGGAGGACAAGGGCGUCCUCAGCGACUUCCACAAGUGCAUCUACAAGGGAAGAUCUGUUUCUCUAACAACUUUUUAUAGAACAGCAAGAAAUAUCAUGAACAUGUGUUUCAGCAAGGAGCCUGCGCCAGCCGAGAUCGAGCAAGAGUACUGGAGGCUAGUGGAAGAGAAGGACUGCCACGUGGCUGUGCACUGCGGCAAGGUGGACACCAACACUCACGGCAGCGGAUUCCCAGUGGGGAAAUCAGAACCCUUUUCAAGGCACGGAUGGAACCUCACCGUCCUCCCCAAUAACACAGGGUCCAUCCUGCGUCACCUCGGUGCUGUGCCUGGAGUGACUAUUCCCUGGCUUAACAUUGGCAUGGUCUUUUCUACCUCAUGCUGGUCUCGAGACCAAAACCACCUUCCCUACAUUGACUACUUACACACUGGUGCUGACUGCAUUUGGUAUUGCAUUCCUGCUGAGGAGGAGAACAAGCUGGAGGACGUGGUGCACACCCUGCUGCAGGCCAACGGCACCCCCGGGCUGCAGAUGCUGGAAAGCAACGUCAUGAUCUCCCCGGAGGUGCUGUGCAGGGAGGGCAUCAAGGUGCACAGGACGGUACAGCAGAGCGGCCAGUUCGUCGUCUGCUUCCCGGGGUCCUUCGUGUCCAAGGUGUGCUGUGGCUACAGCGUCUCAGAAACCGUGCACUUUGCUACCACCCAGUGGACAAGUAUGGGCUUUGAGACGGCCAAGGAAAUGAAGCGCCGCCAUAUAGCCAAGCCGUUCUCCAUGGAGAAGUUGCUCUACCAGAUUGCACAAGCGGAAGCAAAAAAGGAGAACGGUCCGACUCUCAGUACCAUCUCGGCCCUUCUGGAUGAGCUCAGGUACCAUAGAUUUGACCAAGACCCCACGCUGAGGCCUGAGUGGCCGCAGGGCCAAAUGGGCAGAGAUGUUGGGGAGCAGCCUGUUUGCUACAAUGUCCCCUUUUGUCUUCGUAGACCCUGUUCUAGGCCGUCAGGUUUUUGGGUUUCUAAUCCAUGUCCAUGUUUGAAAGUCCCUGAUCCUCCUGGUUUGGUCAGUAGGUGGCAGGACAGGCUGCCCUGCUGUGUGCACCCGCUCCUAGUCCCUGGUGGCUCCCCCAGGCUGUGCCCAGCCCUGCCCUGGAGUCCCCAGCCCUCUGCUCUGUUGCUUCCCCACCAGGUGGUACAAGAGAACGAAAACGUGGUGUUCUGCCUGGAGUGUGCCCUGCGCCACGUGGAGAAACAGAAGUCCUGCCGCGGCCUGAAGCUGAUGUAUCGCUAUGAUGAGGAGCAGAUCAUCAGUCUGGUCAAUCAGAUCUGUGGCAAAGUAUCCGGUAAAAACGGCACCAUCGAGAACUGUCUCAGUAAACCCACACCAAAAAGAGGCCCCCGCAAGAGAGCGACCGUGGACGUGCCGCCUUCUCGGCUGGCGUCCUCCGGUUCAUCCAAAAGUGCUUCGAGCUCGUCAUGAAGAUGCCAACACCAUGGUCAAUUUAUAUAUAUUUUUUUGUAAUUAUUAUAUUCUAGUUUGGAGUACUUGCUGUAGGAUACAAGCUGUCUUUGCACUAGCUCUAAAGAAGAUUUUCUUCUGGUUUUAGAGAACUAAUUUUGUUUUAGCAUUAAACUGUUGAACUUUUUUUUGUACUUAGAAUACCUAGACACUGCAGUCAGAUUUUGGAAACUGCCGUAUAUUCACUGUUUUAAAAACCCUUGAGGGGGCUGUAUUAAUUUGUAUUGCCCCUGUGGCUGAAAAAAGCCCUUCUUGUUUGUUUUGAUUUUUUUUUUUUUUUUUUUAAUGUUGGGGGAAAAAAGGCUUUUUAACCCAUUUUUGAAGAGGGUGAAGUUUGGAGAACAAAUUUUAAAACCAUCAGUCAUGUGAGCAGGUUUUUUUAGAUUGGAAAAGGGAUAGGACACAAAUACACACACAAACACACACACACAAAAAAACUUGAAAAGAAAUGGCUUUACUUUGGCUGUCUUUUCUUCUGUCAUGUGCAAGAUGAGUUUGUACUUUGUAAACCGGAGAGCCCCGUUUUGUUCCGUUGGGCGGUUAUGGCAGCUGGAGGCGGACGUUGUUUCCUAACCAGAGGCGAAAUGUGGAGGUCGAGCGAUUAGGUUUUCGUUACCAGCACAUCACUAUGCAUCCGUGUGAGGAAGAGAGGACGAAGACAAAGACUGCCUGCCUUGGAGGGUCACUGAGGGAGACCUGUGCCUGAUUUCAUUAGGAAAUCCUUUCUGUUAUUUUUUGGUGCUGUUGGCUACUUUAUCACAAAACCCUUCAAUAGCAUCCUUAAGGAAAAAAAGGAAAAGCGACGGGAGCCGCAGGUGCUUCUGUGCCAUCGACGUGCAAUCUGACAUUCCAUCUUCAUCUCGCUGCUUCUUGUCACACCUUCACAAGUCAGCAUUAAUCUUUUUUUUUAAAUUUAUGAUCACAUUUAGAGCCACUAGGUCUGCAGUUCUUUUUGAAUGUGAAAAUGCAUUUGCGCUCAUCUUGUCUAUUUUUUCUGUCCAUGUUGUAACAAAAAGGAAAAAAAAAAGAAAAAAAAUCCCAUCCCUUUUGUACAUAUGCCUGUAAAUUGUUUUAAAUACUUGAGCCUUUUCUUGGGGGGCGGGGAGGGGUGAGAAGACAAGAUGAAGAAAAGCCUUACAUUUCAGUUUCUUCAUCGGUUGGAUUGGAUGCUUACAGGGUUUUUCUUGUAACAUUUAUAAGUGCUGCUUACAUCACUGAACAACAACAAAAAAAUAAUAAUGGAGUAGCUGUUGCCCUUCUCCGGUUGUGUGUACAGUAUGUGUGGAAUAAAAAGGGAAACUGUUUUCACAA